UGCACGUCCUCCCCGGUCCUGUGUUGCACACGCGGAGUUUCGCCGCGAUCGCGCAGGUGGGAGGCCACUGGACUCGGCGUUCGGGCGUGGGGGACCCGUUUCCUGGCCGAGCAGAGCGAGGUGGAGCGGCGAGUCGACUGCCAGCAUGGACGGGAACUUUUCCAGCACAAGCAACCGACGGGAGCACGUCAAAGUCACGACGGAGCGGCAGCCGGGCUUCCUGGAGCGUCUGAGCGAGACGUCGGGCGGCAUGUUUGUGGGGCUCAUGACCUUCCUCAUCUCCUUCUACUUAAUCUUCACCAAUGAGGGCCGUGCGCUGAAGACUGCCACCUCCCUGGCCGAGGGACUGUCGCUCGUGGUGUCCCCCGAGAGCAUCCACACCGUGGCUCCGGAGAACGAGGGGCGGCUGGUGCACCUCAUCGGGGCCCUGCGCACGUCCAAGCUCUUGUCCGAUCCGAACUAUGGGGUCCACCUUCCCGCCGUGAAGCUGAAGCGGCACGUGGAGAUGUACCAGUGGGUGGAGAGUGAGGAGUCCAGGGAGUACACGGAGGACGGGCAGGUGAAGACGGAGAGGAAGUACUCCUACAACACCGAGUGGAGGUCGGAUCUCGUCAGCAGCAGGAACUUCGACCGAGAGAUCGGCCACAAGAACCCCAGUGCCAUGGCGGUGGAGUCCUUCACGGCAACGGCCCCCUUCGUCCAGAUCGGCCGCUUCUUCCUCUCGGCCGGCCUCAUCGACAAAGUUGACAACUUCAAGCCCUUGAGCUUGUCCAAGCUGGAGGACCCACACGUGGACAUCAUCCGCCGGGGGGACUAUUUCUACCACAGUGAAAACCCCAAGUACCCAGAGGUCGGGGAUCUGCGCGUCUCCUUCUCCUAUGCAGGGCUGAGCGGCGACCACCCUGACCUAGGUCCGGCCCAUGUGGUGACCGUGAUUGCUCGGCAACGGGGCGACCAGCUCGGCCCCUAUUCCACCAAGACUGGGGACACUUUGCUGCUGCUGCAUCAUGGCGACUUCUCCGCAGAGGAGGUGUUUCGUCGGGAACAGAAGAGCAACUCCCUGAAGACGUGGGGCCUGCGGGCGGCCGGCUGGAUGGCCAUGUUCAUGGGCAUCAACCUCAUGACGCGGAUCAUCUACACCCUGGUGGACUGGUUCCCCAUCUUCCGGGACCUGGUCAACAUCGGCCUGAAGGCCUUCGCCGUGUGCGUGGCCACUUCGCUGACCCUGCUGACCGUGGCCGCCGGCUGGCUCUUCUACCGGCCGCUGUGGGCCCUCUUCAUCGGCUCGCUGGCCCUGGUGCCCGUCAUCAUCGCCCGGACCCGGGUGACGGCCAAAAAGCUGGAGUGAAGUGGGCCCCGCUGGAGGGGGAUCCCGUGCGCGGGGUCAGAUGUGGAGCCUGCCGGGGGUCUUCCCGCCUCCUUCUGCGGGCAGCCCUGGUGGGCGGUGGGUGGCGGGCCCCCUGCCUUCCUUCCUCUCUUUCUCCUUCCUCCAAGGCUGCUCCUACUGUCUCACAGGGCUGUACCCCGCCACCGCCUGCGCCCAGGGGUCCCCUAGGCCGUUCCCCGAGCG